CGCCGCCGUUUCCUGGCUGCCGCCCGCCAUGCUGCGGCUCCUGCUCCCGCUGGCCGCCCUGGCCGCGCUCCUCCGGGCGGCGGCUUUGUUGACCCAAGGCAUCCCUUCAUAACCACAUUAUUGACUUCUGGAGACUUCUGCAGAACAGAGGAGAACAGUCAGGAAGCAAAGAUGAUCUCCUUCAAGCAACUGCCCAUUGAAGCCAAGGCUGCAGUGGCUGCAGGAGUGGUUUUCUUCUCCAUGAUGCUCUCACGGAGUUACCUGGCGGAAAAACUCGAUUUCAGGACGCGGCGCUGGCUUCUAAGGCUGCAAAUGGCACUAUUUGCUAAUACACUCAUGUUGAUGGGAUCUCUUCAUGUUUGGAGAAGCACAGUCACCACGUUCACCAGGUCUUCAGCUGCCAGCUCCUUCUGUUUCAUGCUGUGGAAAAUAGCUGUGUUCAUGUUUCUAGCUUUGGCUCAUUCAAGCUUCUUUACAUUGCUGUUUCUUGUUGCAGAAGAGCCCUAUUUCUUUUCUUUAGCUGCCUACACUUGCUUGGGAGCCUAUAUUAUUCUCAUCUUUUUCCUCUUCACUCUAGGCUCUGUAGAGCAGGCUUACAAGUUCUUGGCUGGGAGAGGUGCUAAAGCAAGCACUGGCAACAAGAACAGAACAGCACUGAAACCAGUUCUGGCAGUCUUGCUGACUGUUGUGCUGACUGUUGUUGGGCUGUUAAAUGCUUCCCAGCCCCCUACUGUGAAUUCUGUGGAGAUUCCAGUUCACAAGCUGCCCUCAGCAAUGAAUAACCUGAAAGUGGUGUUGCUUUCAGACAUCCAUCUGGGGCCCACGGUUGGGAAAACCAAGCUUGCCAUGAUAGUGAGAAUGGUUAAGGCUUUAAAGCCAGACAUCACCGUGAUUGUUGGGGACCUGUCUGAUGCUGAGGCAAAGAUCAUCCGACCUGCUGUUGAGCCUCUUGGAGAACUUGAUUCUCCUUUGGGGACUUACUUUGUCACAGGAAACCAUGAGUACUACACCUCAGAUGUUAGCAACUGGUUCGAGCUCUUAAAAUCAUUUAACAUUCAGCCAUUGCAUAACGAGAAUGUGAAGAUUGUUUCACCAAAGAGCACUUCUGACUGGUUCUGCCUGGCUGGCGUGGAUGAUAUUGAAGCUGAUGUGUUGCGUUACUCGGGACAUGGCAUGGAUUUGAAAAAAGCUCUCAGAGGUUGUAGCAGUGAGCAUGCAAUAGUGCUCCUUGCUCAUCAGCCAAUUGCUGCAAAGUGGGCCCUUCAGGAGAGACCAGACAUAAAUUUAAUUCUCUCUGGCCAUACUCAUGGAGGGCAGAUUUUCCCUCUAAAUGCUGGAGCUUAUCUGCUGAAUCCAUUCUUUGUUGGCUUGUACCAAGUUGGGCAGAAUACCUUCGUCUACGUCAGCCCAGGGACGAUGUACUAUGGAAUACCCAUGAGACUGGGCAGCAGAGCUGAAAUAACAGAGAUUAUUCUACGUUCUCCUUGAGGAGUUUUCCAUUUGACAGACUCCUAAUUUUUUUUUUUUUUUUUUUUUUUUUGGCCAGUAUAUUGGCUCUUCUACAAUGAAAGCAAAUCCUUUUUCAGGGAAGCCAGAGAUGUGUUGGGCUGAACUUCAGUAGGUUCUGUUAAGUUUGAGCAGAGAACACUAAUUGUGUCUUGGGCCUAUGAAACAAAUUUGGGACAUGUUAAAUUAUUGAAAUAAUUAUGUCUUUGACUUCAUUAUUUUGAGGUUCUGCACUUAAAGAUAACACUGGUGUCACAGAGAUAAUGUGUGUCCUGUGCAUGUUUAGUAAUACCUGUGUCCUGCAGCUACUUCAUGUUCCACUGUUUGGUGUCCAUCAGGCAGCUGCCUCACCAAAUCUCAGGCAGGUGAAGUUCUGAGCUUGUACAGUGAAGUCACUGAUGUGUCCUUUGCAGAAAGGCCUGCAAGAAUGUGCACUGAGUAUGUAAACUCGUAUGCUGGAAUUGCUAUGGGUAAGGAAGAGUUUAAUAGUUUAGGGUUGCCUUUUUUUUUUUUUUUUAAUUGAGACUGGAUAUUUUUAUCCUGCUAGCUGUCUGCAGCAUGCAAAAAAUUUGGUGAGACUGACACCAAAGGUGAAAGUAGCUGUCUUUCUCAGGCAUUUUCCCCAGAAUAGUUGGGCAUCCAGUAAUUGUUUACUGAAAAUAGCUCUAAUAAAAGCAAAUUAGGAGAAUUCCAAAAUUAACUUCUUUUGCUGUCUGAGCAUACAGAACCUCCUUAUAUAAAGCACUAAUUCCAAAGCUGAAAUACUCAGUGUCUUUUGUCUUAUUUCUGUAUUUUUUUUCUUUCUGCCUAAUUUCUCCUCCAUCGUUUUUCUCUUGCAAGAAGAGAAAUUUUUAUUUCAAUACAAUGCAAAUAAGUUAAUGCUUGAAAUUUGUUGAAGGCUUUAAUAUUUAAGUAAAUUGCAUCCUCUUUUAUUGAGACUAAACUCUGCAACAGGUGACUUUCCUUAAGAGCAUUUGCAUGUCAGUGUCCUGGUUGUCUGAUGGGCACAUGAGAGACACUGCUAUGGGAUAAUGAAUAGAGGAUUUCUUCCCAUCUUUCAUAGGAGGGCUUAUCAUAAAUUAACAUAAUUGUGGGAUUUUUGAGGUAUUAGAGAAUAAUUGAUACAAAUUCUUGUUUCUGUAUCUUUGCAUUCAUGUAAGAAAGCCAGAAUGUAAAAUAAUGUGUGACUUUUGUCCAGGCCGAUGAAACACUUUACUUCUGUGCAUCUUCUCUCUCUUCCUCUCCCACCUCAUUUCUGCUGCAUGAAAUAUCACAAACCACUAGAGCCUGGGAAUCCUGCCUCUCUAGUCUGCAGCUGUAGCCACAGGGCUUUCCUUGCUCUGCCUUUCUCCAGCAGUGCCCAUGUUCCCCUCAGGCAGACCCACAGCAUGGGGCGAAAGAGUGGUUCUUAUCCAGGAGACUGAGGAUGGGAGACCAGAGCUGUGGUGUUCAGUCUUUUCCCGCCUUCCUGUGUGAUCCUGAACCAGACAACCAUAAACAUUGGUCCCAUUCUUCAGCUUCUGUUCUCAUAUUGAAGGAGAUAGGUAGAGGUGUGUUUGAAAAGUACUGUAGUCUUUGUAAACUUGAGAGUUUUUUUAAGUUAAAUGUUGAGGUUUGACUUCAUCCACUCUGAACAUCUCCCAGGCAGAGCUUCUAAUUCCUAUGCUAGUUUUGUAUCCUGCUCCUCUGUACAAACAUCUUACAUUUUUACUCAGGAAUAAUGAGAAAUACUCUAAAUGUGUCACAAAGGUUAGUGGAAUUGCUGGAGAAGUCAGUCCUCUUCUGAAAGACUGAGUAUCUUACCAGCCAUGCUCUCUGCUUGCCAGAUUAGAUAGUUUCUGUUUCUCACCACCUAUAAUUUUGUAAGCUUUUUUAUGAUAGUGUGAUAAUAUCUGUUUAAGUAUCCUAAGGUUUCCAUGUGUAUUCAACACUGCUUUUUGCAGUUGGUGACAUAGGAGGGAAUGAGGAAGGAAUUUUGAUUGCUCUCUGGUUACUUGUCAACUCGCCUUCAGUUAAGAGCUGUGUUCUGGGUUUAGUGGUGCAGAGUAUUCUCACCUGGCCAGUAGUCCAGGAGGAUUUUUACACUUGUUGCACUGAGUGUUCUUACCAUGUUAAGAAGGCUAAUUGUUAAGCCAGUUUCCUCUACAGGAGGCAUUUGUGGGACUGAUUUUAGAUUGUGUCAGUUUCUCAGUGAGAUGCUAGUAUUAUUUACUUUUUUCUUCCUGCCCUUUUUAUUUCUCUCUUCAUUCUGAUCAAGUGUAUGCAGAAACAUAGCUGAAGGGGUCCUUCUGUCUCAGAAUUUCUUCAUUACUUUGUGUGUGCCUCUCUUAGAAAAUAAUUACGUAUCCUUUCAGAAGCAGAUAUGCAUCAUUUUACGAGUGGUCAUUGUCAUUUCAUACAUUCGUUGAGUUCUCCUGAUGUAAUUUAGUUCUUGCCCCUUUUUUUUGUAUCUCUCCUUCUGAAAGGUUGUUUGCUGAUGAUUACUUCUUACUUUAAAUGCUUUCUUUCUGUGCCAAAAGACUUCAAAGCCUUUUCUUAUUUUGCUUUUUAGUUAUGGAUGGAAAGUAUCCUAUAUCAACUUUCUGUUUGAUGAAAGGAAUGAACCGUUUCUAUAAUCUCUCUACUCAGCAAUCUCUAACUGUCCUUCAAGGUUCUUUCUAUACUUUUUCCAGUUGGAUUUGAAUGUACACAAUGCAGACCUAUGUUCAGUAUUUCAGAUGAAGAAAAAUUGCUGUGCUGCUUAUUUUUUAAUUUUUAAAAUUUUUUUGUAAAUUUUAUGUGUGUGUGUAAUGUAUUUAAUCUAGAGAACUUAACUAAAUGAAUAUAUAUUUCAUCCUAUAAAAGGCCAGUUCAUUGGGGGCUGAGGAGGAGUUAAUUAAUGUCAGAAUUAAUAGCAGAAUAUAAUAGUAUUGUCACUUUGUGAAAAUUAUAUUUAUUAUAUAAUUACUAUAGAAUGGAUUGGAAGAUAUGUAAAUUGUGGUAUAACAAAUGCUUUAAAUGUUGAGAUUUAAUAAAACUUUAUUCUUAUAAUCAACUAUGAGGCCUCUAGUGACCUUUUAUUUUGUACCAGUUUGCAUUGUAGCAGUUUGUGCUGAAUAGUUUUAACACACUCAUUCUAUUUACCAACAAAAAGCUACCAACAAUAAACCUUACUAGUUUUGUAAACUCCUACACCCUUACUGCUCAAUCAGUCAUAGUGGAAAGUGGGAAAGGCCACUGUUACAUUUGCCUGAAGCCUGCUAGGAGAAAAAGAUGCAGACAGCAGGGGUGAGGAUGUGAUGCUGAGAAAAGGACCACUGACAGGGCACAGAAAGGUUACUAAGAGAAUAUUUUGGAAGGAACUGAAGAAAAUGGGUGAUUUGUGGUUCUCAAUUUUGAUACUUGAGGUGGAGAAAGAGAUGUUCUGUGACUGGUCUAAGAGAGGCUAAAAAUCUUCGGAGAUGGAGGAUUUGUACCUGCAUUUGUUUGCUUUCUAAAUAAGAAAAAAAAAAAACAACCCCGGUUUUGUAAAUUUGGAGAAUGUGAGAUUUUUGCCACUGAUAAACCAUUCGGUGUGUUGAAAAUGGAAAAAAAAAUUUGUGUCAAGAGACAUGCACAUUAUAAAAUGUUGAAAUUGCAUUAAGGUUGCAGAAAUAAACUCUUACUCGAUUUAAGCAAGGACAAA